AAUGAGAAAUAUUCGAGGAGGCAAAAAAUGAUAGUUGAUAAAAAUAUGCGAAAAGUUGUAAAGCAAAACAAAAUUAUUUUGUAUCACGAUUACGGUGCAAACUGGUUUUUAAAGCUCUUGGAACAGCCAGCAUCAACAACAAAGUUCAAGGUCACACAGUCACCGUCAUCUGAGAUAUGAGCGUUUGGUGAUAUUUUAAUUGCAAUAACACGUUGAUUCGCGCCGAAGGUUAUGAGUUAUGACGGUGUGGCAGCAAAUUCUUGCACUAGAUGCAAGGUUCAAUGCCCAUAGGGUUCCGGCUGACCCAGGAUUCAGGACGCUGUACAUCCGCCGCCGGAGCCAGCUGCUGCGGGAGGGUGUGCGGGAGGAGGCGGGCGCCGACCCGGCGCUGCGCCGCCAGUACCUGCGCCAGCGGGCGGCGCUGCUGAGCCGGCGCUACGGCGUGCCGGCCGACCAGGUAUCGGUCCGUUCACACAGCGCCAGCACGCAGAGCCACAGCCGCCAGAGUCACAGCCGGCACCACUCGGACGUCGGAGUGGCGCGGCGCGGCGGGGAAUCCCCGGCCACCCCCGGCGGAGGGGGCACCCUGGUACCCUCCGCCCGAGCCACCGCCUCGCAGGCCAUCGUCGGCGGCGGGUCGCUCGGAGAGAAUUACGCCUUCGCCGGGUUCCUGCACGUGUUUGACCAGCAUACGGGUCCGGUGACCUGUGUGCAGUUCGCACACGAUGAGCUCUGGCUGCUAGCUCUCGGCUCUCUGGACGGCCGGGUGUCUGUCUGUGAGCUAGAGGGGGAGCCGCGCGUCCGUCACCUCCUCUCGGGUCACACUGACGGCGUCACCGCUCUGGCCUGGUCCACCUCCAACGAACUGCUGGUGACGUGCGCGCGGGACGGCACAGCGCGCCUCUGGCAGCCGGGCAGCGGUCACUGCCUGCGCGCCGUGGCCGAUCCGCACGGCUCGCCGCUCUCCUGCGUGGUGUUCCACCCGGAGAACAACAACCUGGUGCUGCUGGGGAACCGGCACGGCCUGGUGCAGGCGGUGAACGUGUCGUCGGGCAGGUUCCCGGCGGGAGGCAGCAGCCAGCUGGCGUCCGCGGUGACCGCACUGGCCGCCCCGCCCACCGGAGCGCUCAUUUGGGCCGGCUGUCAGAAGGGCAUGGUGGUAUCGUUCCAGUGUGACCAGGCGUCAGGUCGUCUGGUCAAGUGUCGCCGGGUUACCGUGUCAGACGGGGUACCCGUCACCUGUAUCUCUGCACGCUCCUGGGCCAGUCGGGAGGCGGCCGAUAUGUCGCUGCUCGUGAACGCCGCCUGUAACUCGCUCCUGCUCUUUCGAGUGGUGGACCAGGAGGGCGGUCUCCAGCUGAAACGCCGCUUCUCCGUGCGCCACAGCUCGGCCGAACACGUCAUCAAGUCGUCCUUCUGCCCCAUCAUGUCGUUCCGCCAGGGCGCCUGUGUCGUGUCUGGCAGCGAGGACUGCACGGUGUACCUAUUUGACGUCGAGCGUGACCUCAAACCGUGCGUCAACAAACUGCAGGGCCACUCCGCCGCUGUGCUGGACGUGAGUUUUAACCGGGACGAGUCCCUGCUGGCCACCGGGGACGCCAGCGGUAUCGUUAUCGUAUGGAAACGACAGCUCUCGACCACUGAGUCGGCGUGAGGGAACAUUGAAGGAACAUGGGGAGAACGGGAUUACGGACGCACCUAUAAUUAAGGGACAGGAUGGGACAGAAUAUAGGGCACUUCAUCAAUGGGAGUAGGCGUGAGGGAGGGGCGGUAAGCUGGGUGGAAGAAGAGGAAGAAGAUGAGCGUACCGGAGCUGCGGACUUGAGCUGCGUAGGUACUGACGGAGAAGCAAGUGGGGGUGAAAUGAAUGUAGGGGCGGGAACGUUCAGAGACGACCGCGGCCCCAUGAGGUAAGCCCCGAGGAGUCGGCUAAUGGUGCCAUGGAUGCUCCAUAGCUGCAUAGUGCAUAUUAAAGACAUUUAAAUAUAAACAUUCCUGAACUGGCCGCUGGCAGCUGUACCCGUAGUCUGUGUGUGUGGACGGGCCGAUUGCCCGGGGUUAUUGUACUGCUGUGUUUGUGCGUCUGUGUGCGUGGGGAGUGUUCUCUGCAGUGCUAUUGCGCAGAGAAACCGUCUUACCCAUUGAACGGCGCCGGGCAGCCAGGCGAUGGAUUUGUCAACGUGACGCGCGGCGGUGCGUGAAAUUAUUUUGUGUGACGGUUAUUUGCAAUGCAAUGUGAUAUGACGAAUCUUUAUCGCAGAUGUAUAUGGAGCUUUACGCGCCGUUACAAAAUAUACGAAUAUUUUAUGCA